GCCCCAGCCCCCCCCCUCAGCCGCUUCCAUUGUUGGGCGAUAGACUGCGACAUCGAAACAAUCUUGACCGAAACUUUUCAGACAACUGACCACUGUGGAUAUUUUAAGUUGCUCGUGUGUAAACUUUUCGAAAUAUUUUUUUUCCGAGAGGACUCAGGAGCAAGCAGGAACACGACACCGAGCCAGAGAGGGAAGAAACCGGGAGGAAAACUUUUGGGGCAAGGAACUCCGUAAUUCUCAUUCCUCCAUUUUGAACUUUUAAACUCCAGUUUUGUAGUGGGCUGUUUUCGAAAGACAGACACCAUGACAACCAUCAACACAGGUAACAUAAACUUUAAGUGGGAUCCGAAGAGUCUAGAGAUCCGAACACUGGCGGUAGAGAGGCUGCUUGAGCCCCUUGUCACCCAGGUCACCACUUUGGUGAACUCGAGCAACAAAGGCCCUUCCAACAAGAAGAAAGGACGCUCCAAGAAGGCACAUGUUUUGGCAGCAUCAGUAGAGACUGCUACCCAGAACUUCCUGGAUAAAGGAGAAAAGAUUGCAAAGGAAAGUCAGUUCCUCAAGGAUGAGUUGACUGCUGCAGUGGAAGAUGUCCGCAAGCAAGGUGACUCCAUGCGACAGGCUUCUGGAGAGUUUGCAGAAGACCCCUGCUCUUCUGUGAAGAGGGGUAAUAUGGUUCGUGCUGCUAGGGCUCUCCUAUCAGCAGUCACCCAUCUGCUGGUGCUGGCAGACAUGUCGGAUGUCUACAAACUUCUUCUACAGCUCAAACUGGUGGAGGACAAUCUGGUGAAGGUACGCAAUGCAGGAACAGAGCAGGACCUUGGGAUCCAAUAUAAGGCCUUAAAACCAGAGGUGGACAAGCUGAACCUGAUGGCUGCCAAGCGACAGCAGGAGCUAAAAGACGUCCACCACAAGGACCAAAUGGCUGCUGCCCGCGGGGUUCUUCAGAGAAACAUCCCUAUGCUGUACACAGCGUCCCGAGCUUGCCUGCAGCACCCUGACGUGGCAGCCUACAAGGCUAACCGUGACCUGAUCUACAAGCAGCUGCAGCACGCUGUCUCAGGCAUAUCUAACGCUGCCCAGGCCACUGCUACUGAAGAUUCAGCACUCAAUCAGCCAGCAGGGGGUGGAGAGCUCGCCUACGCCCUCAACAAUUUUGAUAAACAAAUCAUUGUGGACCCUCUGGCGUUUAGUGAGGAGCGCUUCCGUCCAUCCCUGGAGGAGCGCCUUGAGAGCAUCAUCAGUGGCGCUGCCCUCAUGGCCGACUCAUCAUGCACACGUGAUGACCGCAGGGAGCGCAUCGUGGCUGAAUGCAACUCUGUGCGCCAAGCUCUCCAGGAUCUUCUGUCUGAGUACAUGGGCAAUGCUGGGAGGAAGGACAGGAGUGAUGCUCUGAACACAGCUAUCGACAGGAUGACAAAGAAGACCAGAGACCUCCGCAGACAGCUGCGUAAAGCUGUAAUGGACCAUGUCUCUGACUCUUUCCUGGAGACCAAUGUUCCCCUCCUGGUCCUCAUUGAGGCUGCCAAGAAUGGCAACGAGAAAGAAGUCAAGGAAUAUGCCCAGGUGUUCCGUGAACACGCCAACAAGCUGAUCGAGGUGGCCAAUCUGGCAUGUUCCAUCUCCAACAAUGAAGAGGGAGUGAAGCUGGUCCGCAUGGCAGCAUCUCAACUGGAAAGUCUUUGCCCCCAGGUGAUUAAUGCAGCGUUAGCCCUUGCUGCCAAACCCAACAGUAAGGUGGCCCAGGACAAUAUGGAUUUGUUCAAGGAGUCAUGGGAGAAGCAAGUCCGCGUCCUCACUGAUGCUGUGGAUGACAUAACGUCCAUUGAUGACUUCCUUUGUGUGUCUGAGAACCACAUCCUGGAGGAUGUGAAUAAGUGUGUCAUCGCUCUACAGGAGAAAGAUGUUGAUGGUUUGGAUCGCACUGCUGGAGCUAUUCGAGGACGUGCUGCCAGAGUUGUCCAUGUGGUCACCUGUGAAAUGGACAAUUAUGAACCUGGGGUCUACACAGAGAAGGUCCUGGAGGCCACCAAGCUUCUGACUAAUACAGUCAUGCCACGGUUCACAGAGCAAGUGGAGUCUGCAGUAGAGGCCUUGAGUGCAAACCCCUCACAGCCUGUGGACGAGAAUGAGUUCAUUGACGCGUCCCGUCUGGUGUAUGAUGGCAUUCGUGACAUUCGCAAGGCUGUGCUCAUGAUCAGAACUCCAGAGGAGCUGGACGACUCUGACUUUGAGACUGAAGACUUUGAUGUUCGCAGCAGGACCAGCGUGCAGACCGAGGAUGACCAGCUUAUUGCCGGCCAGAGUGCGAGGGCUAUCAUGGCUCAGUUGCCCCAGGAGCAGAAGGCAAAGAUCGCUGAACAGGUGGCUAGCUUCCAGGAAGAGAAAAGCAAGCUGGAUGCUGAAGUAUCCAAGUGGGACGACAGUGGCAAUGACAUCAUUGUGUUGGCUAAGCAGAUGUGCAUGAUCAUGAUGGAGAUGACAGACUUCACCAGGGGUAAAGGGCCACUGAAGAACACGUCUGAUGUCAUCAGCGCUGCAAAGAAAAUUGCGGAGGCAGGAUCAAGAAUGGACAAGCUGGGCCGCACCAUUGCUGACAAUUGCCCAGACUCAACCUGUAAGCAGGACCUGCUCGCCUACCUGCAGCGGAUUGCCUUGUACUGCCACCAGCUGAACAUCUGCAGCAAAGUCAAAGCGGAGGUGCAGAACCUGGGAGGAGAGCUGGUUGUCUCUGGGUUGGACAGCGCCAUGUCCCUCAUCCAGGCCGCUAAGAACCUCAUGAACACUGUGGUGUCCACCGUCAAGGCCUCCUACGUGGCAUCCACCAAGUACCAGAAGAACAAAAACAUGGAGGCCCUCAAUAUGCCAGCGAUCUCCUGGAGGAUGAAAGCUCCUGAGAAGAAGCCUCUGGUGAAGAGAGAGAAGCAGGACGACGGCCAAACCAACCGUGUCAAGAGAUCCUCUCAAAAGAAGCAUGUGAACCCGGUGCAGGCUCUAAGCGAGUUUAAAGCCAUGGAUAGCAUCUAGACUGCCCUGUUUCUGAGUCAAGACAACACACACAGAUUGACCAAUGAGUUUCUAUAUAGAUAAAGCUUUUCACUCUAUCAAAAAAAAAAAGAGUGGUUUAUCACGUUUGUUCCAUUUUUGCAUAGACAGCUUGUCUGUUUGACCAAUUAUAUACCUUCACUGACUCUUCUGUAUUCCUCAAGUUCACAUUUGAUCUAGUCUGCUUCUUAAACGUCUCUUAAUAAGCAGUAAGAGGGAAAUCAACUGGACAAAGGCAUUUUCUGUUUGUUUGUGUGAGAACGAGGAGUGGUUUCACAGGUAUUAUCAGAACUAAUUCCAAGAGGCUUUUGAUUAUUUUGUAUCCUCUCCAGUUUUAUAGUGAAUACUGUGGGGUCCCUGGUGUUUUCCAGUCAAAUGUUUGAUGAUUGCAAGAUCCCUUCUGUUCUGAGAAUAUAAACUAUGCAAAAUCUCAACUGCCUUAUUUUAACUGAGUCAUAACAGUUGUUCAUUUGGAUGUGCUGGGCUAACUGGUAAGAUUUUUAAUAUGUUUGGUUUAACUUUAGUAACCAAAGUCAAUAUAUUUUCCAUGCCUGUACUUUUAUAACUUUAUACAUGCUUUGUUAUGCCACUAAAACAGAAUAAGUUUAAACUGAUCUUAAACACUACUUUCAGAGCUGAACGAUGCACAUUGUGUAUCCACUUUAACAAAUUGUCUGAGAAAUGUCAUUUCUUCAUAAUUUAAGCAUCUCAAGUUAUAUUCCUGUUUUUUUUAUGUUCACUUAUUUGGCAAACCAAAAGUGACUCACCAGCCCUCUGUUUGCAGUAUAAUUGGUACCUUUGCAUCUACAAUGAGUCACACAGAUCAACCAAGACCAGUCAAACUUUGUAAAUAAAACCCCAACUCCUCAGAGUCUGAGAGAAUCAGGGAGGCUGAACAAUAAGUAGACCCUGUGUCAGUAGUCCUCAAGCUGACAAAGCUUCAUUAACUGACAAUGUGACCAAACACCUUCACAAUCUAAGAACGGGUCCAAAUUGAGGGAUCAAUAUGUUUCCUUUGCACAGCUUUAGAGAGGAUUUCACUGUGUUUAAACUCAUCUUCAUUGUUUGUAUUCCUUGUCUUUGGGCUUGAACACUAAUCAAGGUUUUACUUGUGAACAAUCUUUAUAAAACUAGAAACAAGUUGCCAGGUGUUUGAGCUUUAAUAUUAAACAGAUCUUUUCUUUCAGGUAACAGCGGUGGUGAUUUAGUUGCUCUGUGCAGCAGUCGUAUAUGGUAUCGUCCUGCGGAGUGGUGCAUUGGUGUAUAGCAAGGCUUUGAAAUUCUGCUGCUCUUGACACCUGUAAAUUACUGCAGGACGGGCAUGAUAGGUUAUUUGACGGUUUUUAUUUACUGUAGAAUCAAGCAUUUCCAGAGUGUUUUUCAAUAUGUUUGUUUUCCUCACUAUUGUCUUUUUUUCUGUAUUUGACUUUGGAUUUUGAAUCUUGAAUGAUAUCAAACUACGUUGCUGUGGAUUUUUGUUAUUGAGAGCUGACUUAUUAGUGCACAAGUUUCUUGUAUUCAUGUGCCUGCUUUAUAUCUAAAUAAACAAACAAAAUGAAAA